AUGAACUUCGGCGUCCUAGAAGUCGCAAACUCGACAGUUGCACCAGCUCCAGGCUGGGCCUAUGUAGCAGACACAGGAGCCAAAGGCUCAACCACAGCCUUACAACCCCGCAAACGCGCGCGCAACCAAGCAGCCUCGAGUCUGCACGAGACGACCGCGAGACAAGAGACGAAGAUCCUACGAGAGCUGGCCGUUCUAGACCGAGAGAACCACAAAGAUGUCUCGAUUCCGAUACCGGUGCGGCAUCGAGAUAAUGCUGGACGAGCAAGCCAUGGCAAAGGCACCACCCCCGCCGUCCGCAAGAUCCUGCAGUCCCAAAAGACAUUCUCCAACCACCUCACCGACUUCCAAGCCCUAGGCCCAACGCCCCUCCCCAGUGCUCCUCCACCCACCCCCGCCGUCGCAACCCCUCGAGCAGCAGCCACGCCUCGAACAGCAUCUACGAAUCUCACAUCGAAAGGCACGCGCUCCCACAAGAAGAAAGACCCGUCUGCGGUCUCAACACCUACGCCCUUACGCCGCGUCUCAGCAGCUGCACCACAGCCUAUAAAAAUAGAGCCCGAUACACCUAUGCCCGACGCGCCCUCCGUCGUCCUCUCACAAGGCUCCUCGAAACCCCCUGUCCCGCACUCCGAAGACGACUCCCCGCUUUUGGUCUCCCGGAUGCCCCGCUUGCCGUCUCAAGCAGAGCUGGAGAAGCUGUUGAGUGCUCCGCCGCUGAGUUAUGAGGAGGCGAGGGGAUCCUGGACGGCGGAGGAUAGAAGGAAGCCGGUGAGGGUUUUCUGUGUAUGA